AUGGUGGAUGGAGCUGGUUGCGCGCUAGGGGACGAAGCCUGGCCAGGAAAGGAAGUCACCGCCAUCGGCCUGCCGGGGGUCGCCACGCGGACCCCCACCCUCCGACAGUACGCGUGCAUCUUUGCCCUUGCUGCCUUUACUGUGCGCAGUUAUAUCAUCAGUUCUACAAACCUUAUCAUUCUUCUAGAGGAUGAGAUCUUCGCUGAUUUUUUCAACACAUUUCUUUCUCUCCCGGUUUUUGGUCAGACACCAUUUUAUACUGUUGAAAGUUCACAAUGGAGCUUGUGGCCAGAAAUGCCUUAUGAUCUGAUGUGCAAGUACAAAAAAUUAUUGACCUGGUUGGAAAAAUAUCGGUUACCUUUCUUCUGUAAAACAAACUUAUGUUUCCAUUACAUUCUCUGUCAGGAACUCAUCAGUUUCAUCAAGUCUCAAGAAGGAGCCAAAAUGAUGAGAUGGCAAAAGGCAGACCAGUGGCUACUGGAGAAGUGCAUCGGCGGGGUCAGAGGGAUGUUGCGCUUCUUUUCCUACCUCAAGGACAGUGCAGGUGAAGAGUUGGUGGACUUCUGGAUUCUUGCUGAGAAGAUCUUGAGCAUAGAUGAGACCAAUGUAGAUGUACAGGAUUACUACCUAUCCCUUCUCCUCGCCCUGAAGGCCACCCACCUGCAGGAGGGCUCCAGGGUGGUAACUCUUUGCAACGUGAAUAUCAAGUCCCUCCUGAACCUCUCCAUCUGGCAUCCCAAUCAAUCCACCACCAGAAGAGAGAUCCUAAGCCACAUGCAGAAAGUAGCUCUAUUCAAACUCCAGAGCUAUUGGCUCCCUAACUUUUACAACCAUGGCAAGAUGACAAUGGCGAGUGAGGAAGCAUGCUGUGACCUGCUGCAGGAGUAUGAGUCACGCCGGUUCAGCGUUUACACUAUAGGUGCAGGAGGGAUCCCUUUGAACAUGAGUGUUAAGAAAUCCCAACGCCCUCCAAAGCGCUACUCAAGUAGAAGAGUCAAGAGGAAGAUGUGGUAUUUGAUCAAUCCUGGCUCUUGGUCUAUGGAAAUGGUCCCCAAGCCAGAUGUCUGCCCAAUCAGCUCACAAGAGCUUUCAGAUGACGGGAAGAUGACUAUGCAUAUGCCUCCCCUGAAAGUAGAUUCUGCAAGGGAGAGAUUAAUUUGUCUCCUGGAAAAGGAUCGUCACUGUGUCAUGAAGUCCACUGUGAAGAAAAAACCUGAAAGCCUCCACAUGGAGGGCCUCUUUGAGACAAAGUUCUCUUCCCACCUGAGAACAUCCACCCCUAUCUUUAUUCACUCCUCUCAGAUGACAAUCAAUAAGGUUAUCAAGCAAAGGCUGUCUUUUAGAUAUACCUACUGGGCUUUGCGUGCUGAUGCUUAUGCAGGAAGUCCUUUCCGGGACUUCCUGAAGAAGCUGAAUUUGAAAGUAGAGACCAAACUCCUGGACCUAUGGCAAGACCUGCACCACUUCCUCAGUGUUCUGAUGAGUAACAGAAAGAAUGGGAAUUCAGUGUUUCGUCACAUGCUCAGUGAUAGAAUCUGUGAGAUCUACUUGAAUGAGCAGAAUGGUCCAUGCUUACCACUCACACCUCAAACUACUCUGGGCCUGAAGAAGAUGCUGCCUUCUGGGGAUGCCAACCCCUGGAUCUCAAAAGCCCAGAUGGAGAUCUGCAAGACCCUCAACCACUGGUACGAUGAAUUCCUGGAUGAAGAGGACUACUGGUUUCUCCUUGUGACAUCUCAGAACCGGUACGUCAGAGCCCAGUGGCAUAAAGAAUCUCCAAGCCGAGAAGACAGCAUUUUUCUUUACAAGAGGCUUCAGGAGUCUCUGGAGUUAAGCCAGAGUUUGACUAACAUGGAGAAAAUGGAUUCUCCUCCAUGGCAAACAGUAGCUACUGAGAACCUGAGGAAAAGUGGGUCUCUCCAGGUAGAAGUGAAGUCUCCAGUGUUUCUGGAAGACUUUAACAAAAUGAACUUUAAAGAACUCUGCUAUAAGAAUCCAAAGAUGGCUAUAGAGAUGAUAAGUGAGGACUACAAAAUAUAUUGUGAGAAAGUACCGCAAAUAGAAAUUGAAGUGAAAAUUGUCAAGGAACCAAAGGUGAUGUCAUCAUCAUACAGGAAAUUGUCUGUUGCCAAAAAAGGGGGUGUGAGGAAGCCCUCAGUGCGACCCAGAAACUUUACAGACAUCCUCCUAAACCAACAGCACUUGGAUUUCUUCAGAGACUUUCUCAAGGAUCGGAAGGCUGAAGCCCCACUGCAAUUCUUGAUAGCGGUACAGAAGAUCACUUCGGAGACGAAUGAAAAGGCUUACAAGGCUGCACUGGACAAUUUAACCAGGACUUUCUUCCAUAGCAAUGUCCCUGCUGAGGAAUUACUGCAGUGCAAUGCCCCUAUAGUGAAGGAAAUCAUGCAAAUGCAAAAUAUCACCACCACGACCUUGUUAAUGCUCCAGACCUAUGUGAUGAAAUCUCUGGAAGAAAGGUGGUUUAUAGAAUACCAGCAGCUGUUCCCGGUUCGUGCUAUUCCAGACUUAGAACCAGCAAUACCAACUUUCCCUAGAAAGCCCUCGAAGACAGCUUUGAAUCUACAGAAAUCCCAAAAGAAAGGCUGGAUAAAAAUGGUCAACUUCAUCAAGAGUUUCUGCAAGUACCGCAGGUGUAUGGCAAACCCUCAGCAGCUCCAGGGAUUUCUAGACUAUCUUCACAAGGAAUUGUAUAAUACUAAAGAAAACUUUACCACAUCACCUACUGCAUCAGGACGACCAACCCCCAUGUCCCCAAGUUCUGAGAAUGGAGAGGGAACCUUUGUGAAGCGCCGGAUAUAUGGACACAGGAUUAUCAUCGUCAACUUUGCAACUAAUGAUUUAUAUUUUUUUAGUGAAAUGGAAAGAUUCAAUGAAUUGGUGAGUUCAGCUCACAUGUUGCUGAUCAACAAAGCAUAUAACGAGAAUGACCUGAUCCUGAUGCGGUCCAAACUUAACAUUAUCCUAAAGCUCUUCCUGAAUUCUGACAUCCCUCCAAAGCUCAGGGUGAACCUCUCUGAGUCUCAGAAGGAUGUCAUUGUUGCUGCCAUUACCGAGGGCCACAUGGAUCGGACCAUUUUCCAUGGAGCUAUCUUGACUAUCUUCCCCGUCAUUAUGUACUUCUGGAAAAGGUUUUGUUCCUGGAAGGCAGCCUGUUCUUACUUUCACUAUGUAGGAAAGGUGAGCAAGGAGAGAAAGACUCUUCCCAGAACAACAUACAAGAGCCCUGUUUGGAAUGUAGGUGACCAUUCUCAUGCUGUCUUAAGGUUUUCCUUAAACAGAGGGCUUGAGUGGUUACGGCCUCAACACCAACAGCGGGAUGUACUAAGUCCCAUUCAGAACUCUUCCUCUAGCAACCUCACCCAACUGAAAGCUGCAUCUUCUAAUGUGCAGCUGAAUCCUGCCCAGGGUAUUGAACACAGUAGCAUGCAGAUAUUAGUUGCCCAUACAUAUGAAUCAAGUGAAGGAGUAGACUGGAUUGUGAAAGGUGCUGCAAAUGCAGGAGAGAAAAUAGGAUGUGAAGUUUAUACUGACCUAUCGCUAGAAAAUCACUAA